AUGGUUAAAGUAGGUAAAUUAGCAAAGGCACUGGGUAACAGUACCAAAGACAACAUUCAAGAAAAGGCUGAAGAGUUUGGUAAUCAAUUAAAUUCCACUUGUGAAUGUGUUCCAGGUGUCGGUCCAAUCUUGGCAAGUGUAUUCUCUAUGUUUUGGCCUGCUGAUCCUGCCAAACAACCAAUCACUCAAGAGGAAUUGGACAAGAGAUUAGAAGAAUUCAAAACUGAAAUGAUUGGUAUCAUGGAUUCAAAGAUUGCAGAUAGUGAAGUUAAAACAUGGAAAAACAUUUGUGAAGCAUUCUUUAAUGGAAUUGUUAGUUCUGCUCCCAUCCUUCAAGACAAGAUCAAUACACUCAAACAUCGUUUAGCAGAAGAUGGAAAGGCUGACUCUUCACUCAAAACCUAUGUCAGAGAAGCAUUGGAACUUCAAAGAGUACAAAUCAAGACAAUCAUCCAAUUCUGUGCAUCCAAAGAGUUCCAAAAGGAUACCGUCAAAUUCUAUCAAGACAGUUUAUUCAUGUACCUUUCAGUAAUGAAUGUAUUAAAUACAUGGUGGUAUCAAUUGGAUGUUGAUCCAUACUUUAUCAGUGGAAAGGCUGCCAAUGAGAAUGCAGGUGAAGUUAAAUCAUUGAGAGAAAGAAUUCAUAUUACUUUACAAAAGGCCAAUGCAGAUCAUAUUAAGGAAUUCUAUGCAAAUGGACAUUUAUUGUUAAAGAAUGAUUCGUGGUGGUACCCAGUCAAACUUUUAAUUCAUCCAGAACAAAAGAGACCUGUUGACACAUCAUUUGGACAUAGAAGCUUUAGAUGUGAACCACUCGUACUUCCAGACCUCGAGAAUGCUUACAUCUAUCGUGUCGAUGCUGCCUAUUUCUACCCCGGUCAGAACCAAGAUUACAUGGAAGGAGGUCGUACUUUCCCUGAUAGCAUCGAGCCAAUAUCUGGAUGCUACGGGUUGUUCCCAACUAUGGGAUCCAACCUCCCCAUCACUAUUCCAGGUGGUGUCAAGAGAAAGGUGCAAGUACGUGUGUUGACAACCACCAACUAUACCAAGACCACUCUGACCGUCUUUGACACUGACGACGAUAAUUACAGUCCCCCACGUCCAAAUAUUUCUGGAUUGGGUCAUCGAUCGGCCAUGAUCAGAGAGAUCAGUGAUCCACUUCAAGUAGUCGACCAAAACAGCAAUUAUAACCACUACAAUACCAGUGGAUUUGCAUGGAGUCAGAUGAUGUUUACCAACAAUGUAUCACUCCAAUUCAGUGGCUUCAAAUCACCAUCUUCACCCAAAUUCUUUGAGGAAAGAGUAUUGUUUGUUGAAAUCAUCGUUCAUGACAAGUCUGAUCAAUCACCAUUAACUAAUGUCACUCCACUCCCAGAAGACAAUGAAAAAUUCAUUUUUUAA